AUGAUGAAAAAUGGCACAAGUGAGCCAGUUCUCGUGCAGCAAGUUACCAAAGAGAUCCAAACGAUUUCCGGAAGUGCUCCAGUGGCAAGGAAUCACGUAACGACAAAGGACAAAUCAUCUGGCACAACGGCGCCCGUUCUUGCCAAAAUGGAGCCCAGCAUUUAUUCAUCCACAAGUUCAACAAAACUCUCGACGAGCGUCUUGAAUCGCCGAAAAGUCGGAAAUCGCGCUGCUUCAAUAAUCGCCGGAUCGAAUGACGUGCGGCAACGAGUGAUUUCGGCAAAAAUGUUGCGCGUGAAGCAGUUGCAGAAUCAGUUGAACGAUGCAAGGCAACAUAUUGCGGAACUUACGACGGAAAAUCGUCUCUUGAAAGCAAUCCACAAACGUCAGGAUUCGGCAUUGUCGAAGUAUGAAAGGUCAAAUGCGGAUUUACCUCAACUCCUGAACUCGCAUGCCGAAGAAUUGCGCGUUUGGCAGACAAAAGUGCGCACAAUGAAGGCACAAAACAAGGAAUUGACGGAAAAAAUCAAGCAAAAAGACGCAAUUUUGUUGUCAAUUAGUGAUCAGAACAAACAUUUGAUGCAAUUGAACAAAGAUCGCAACCUGGAGGAGAGAGAAAGACUCACAGAACGCGUGAAAGACUUGGAACAGCGACUCAUUGAGAAAGAUACGGAUGCCAAAUUACUCGCAAGACGCUUACAACUCGAACUAAAAGGCUUUAAAACGCAACUGCAGCAAGAAAAUCAAAAAUAUCGCGAAUGUUACGGGAAAUUGGAACGAGCUCAUGCCGAAAUUGCGCGUCUUAACAACUUAUUUGAGUCCUUGAACUUGAAGGGAUCUCCAACGUUCCAUCGAGCCAAAAUUUCAAAGCAGCGAAAUCGUUCAGCGGAAGAUUUCGAUCGAGGUGACAAGCCAUUCAAAGUCUCUCCAAACAAAAAAACUCACGAAUCCCGUUACUUGAGUCCUCUUCCGCGAGAUCCCGAUGCAAAAAAUCCUUCGCCCGGAAAGCUUCCUUCCAAGUUGCCAUUGAAACAAGUCAAACCGAUGCUCGAUUCAGCACUUGAACCAUCGUUAAUUCUCACGAACAACAACCAUCUCGACGCUUUUGAUGCUUCCUCGUUGGAAAAUGAGUUCGCGCCAUUACCUCCGCUUCACGAAACUUCGCGCAAAAACAGCGACAUUGCCGACCACAAAAAGCACAUUGAAGAAAUCGAGGCAAAAAUGAGCAAAUGCAUGCAAAUUUCCGUCGCUUCGAGUACAACAACAACAACAACGACGACCAAACGAGAGCCCGGAAAUAAAGUUCUUGUCGCACAAUCAUCGGACGAAGCUGUUUUCCAAGUUUUGAUGCAAGAACAACAAAUGGACUUGGAACGCAUGAAACAUCAACUCAAAGAAAGCACCAUGAAACACGAAUAUUUUCUCGACCAAAUGUGCGAUGAAAUGACAAAAGAUUCGUCGCCGCAGAAAAAAACCGAAGUGCAAGUCGUGAAAAAGAAGAAAAGUAUCGAUUCGGCGAAGAAAACUAAAUUAUUGGCAGCACUAAAAGCAAUCGAUGGCAAUGAAAGUUUCGAUAAAUCCUAA